AUGUCGAACGCCCACACACAAGGAAACAGGAAUGGCAACCUCGCUCCUCGAGACUCGCUAGAACUCGCCUCCCUCGCUUCCUCAUCACCCGUCUCGGUGGGCUCCUCGCGCUCCUCCUCCCCAGAUGGCAUCUCCUCAUCCCGCAAGCUCUCCCUCGAGGACGAAGAUCCCCUAGGCGAGUCACAUCGGGAUGCUGAGCUUGAAUCCGGUCACCAGAGGGGUCUCCGGUCAUAUUCUAUCUCUUCGGCAUUCGACUUUGGACGUACGCUUUUUCCGCUGUCGCAAACGCAGGGUGGAUAUGCGCCGGUUGGGACUCCGGCGGAUCGACAAGUGGAUGGAUCGCUGGAGCGGAACAAGACGCUGACGUAUUUGAAUGGUCUUUCGCUUAUUGUUGGGCUUAUUAUUGGUUCUGGUAUUUUCUCUUCGCCGAGUCAGGUCAAUGCCAAUGCUGGGUCGCCAGGCGCCUCGCUCAUUGUUUGGGCUGUGGCUGGUCUACUGGCUUGGACGGGUGCUGCCAGCUAUGCGGAGCUGGGAGGUGCUAUCCCACUCAAUGGUGGCUCGCAGAUUUAUUUGUCUAAGAUCUUUGGAGAGCUACCCGGUUUCUUGUUUACAUGGUGUGCCGUGUUGGUGUUGAAGCCUGGGUCUGCGGCGAUCAUCUCUAUUAUCUUCGGUGAAUAUGUCGUGCGGGCCUUUGUGGGUGCUGAUGUUGGAGACGUCAGUCCAUGGAUUAACAAGGGUGUCGCAUUUGGUGGCCUUUUGACGGUUACUCUGCUCAAUUGUAUAUCUACCAAGUUUGCAACCCGCAUUGGAGACAUGUUCAUGUUUUUCAAAUUCGUGGCUUUGUUGGGAGUCACCGUCAUUGGUGUUAUAGUCGCUGUGACUGGUCUCUCCUCCGGAGGAGAUGCGAAUGAAGAAUGGAAAACGACAGGAUGGUUCGAGGGCACCAACACCGAGAUCUCGGACUUUGCAGUCGCCUUGUAUGCUGGACUCUGGGCAUUUGACGGCUGGGACAAUACCAACUACGUUACUGGCGAGUUCAAGAAUCCCAACCGCGAUCUGCCUCGGGUUAUUCACACAGCGAUGCCAUUGGUCAUCCUAUCAUAUCUUCUCGCAAAUGUCUCAUACUUCCUCGUUCUUCCUCACUCGACCAUCGAGGCUAGCAACACUGUCGCCGUGCAAUUCGGCGCAAAAGUCUUCGGCGCUGUGGGAGCUUUGAUCCUCGCUCUAGUCGUGUCAGCCAGCUGCUUCGGAGCUCUCAACGCAACAACCUUCACAAGCGGCAGGUUGGUCUACGCAGCCGGAAAAGAAGGCUACCUCCCUUCAUUAUUUGGCCGUAUCGGCCUCUCCGCAACUCCAUCAACGGGUCCCCCAGCAGGCAGCCGACUGCGCCGCCGUUCCUGGGCUCGCAAAUCCCUCUCCCGGGUGUUCGGCGACCAAGCCGCCCUCGGCCUCACGCCUAUCUACGCCAUAGCCUUCAAUGGCGCUCUCACUACCAUAUACAUCGUGGUCGGCGAGUUCGGCACCCUGGUCACAUUCUACGGUGUAGCAGGAUAUACCUUCUACUUUCUCACAGUCCUCGGACUCAUCGUCCUCCGUAUCCGCGAACCACACCUAGAACGACCCUACCGCACCUGGAUCACAACCCCAAUCAUCUUCUGCUGCGUGAGUCUCUUCCUCCUCAGCCGAGCAGUCAUCGCCGAGCCCCUCCAGACCCUGAUAGUGGUGGCGUUCAUUAUAACCGGCAUCCCAGUCUACUACUGGCGCAUCCACAAGCGAGACGGCCGCAUCGACUUCCCCAGCUGGAAAUUCUGGAAGCGUGGUUCCCGCUAA